AUGGAUUUGGAGGGGGGCGGGGGCCUGGGCUCCGACGAACAUGGCCGCCUAAGCGCUGAGCUCCGCUCCACAAAAGCACAAAGAACGGAGCACCCCACUACUCACCGGCGCGCACUGCCACCAAUGGGUCGCACAAAGAGAGGGGACCUCCCCCAGACUCCCAAACCUUCGGUCUCGGGGUCGCAAACGGGGCCGAUGGAUGAGUUCCUCCACGCGCCAUGCGGCCCAGACCCCAGCUCCCCGACAUCCAAAAUGGCGCCGACCUCGCCAGCAUCCACAUGCUCCACUGCCGACACGACUACACUGGCAGACAUCGGAGCAGAACUGAAACGCGUGGCAAUGAAGAUGGUCACAAAAGAUGACCUCACCCACCUGACCAACAACAUAUAUGAAGCAAUUAAAUCUGAAGUGAACGGCCUGAAGGCCGAAAUUAAAGCACAGGAACACCGCAUACAGCAGGUGGAAAAAAGGGCACAGACCACUGAAGACCACUCUACAGCCACAGACACGGCCCUCAAACGCCAGGGCACCCUCAUACUGGCCAUGAGGCGACAGCUAGAAGACCAGGACAACCGCAGUCGUCGCAACAAUAUCAGGGUAAGGGGGAUACCUGAAUCUCCAGAGGGGGAAAAUAUAGAAGAGAUGCUUACCUCCCUAUUCCGCAUCAUCCUAAGGGAGGACACACCAGCGAUUAUUAAAUAUGACAGGGCACAUAGAGCACUCCGCCCCAGGCCCACGGAGGGGACCCCCAGGGAUAUAAUAUGCUGCCUGCACUCCUUCGCCACCAAAGACAUAAUCAUGAGGAAAGCUAGAUCCAGGGCCCACUGGAACUACAGGGGCGCAGAAAUAUCCCUCUACAAUGACCUAUCACCAAUGACCCUGGAGGCUAGAAGAGCCCUGAGACCGGUUACCACCAUCCUGAGGGAGAGGAAUAUGCAAUAUAGAUGGGGUUACCCAUUUAGCAUCACAGUUAGAUAUAAUAAUGAAUGGGUCUCCGCACGCUGGCCAGAAGACAUUCCUCAAUUCCUACAACGCCUAAACCUACCGCCAACCCCGGUUCCGAACUGGGUAUUCAUGCCGCUGGAUCCAAGACCACAACCGCAGCGACAAGCAAGGCGAAGAAGAUGGAACUCUCAAGGUGAAGCUCCGCGACACCGACCAGACCUAAACAACCCAGAGGAAUAACCCAAUACCAGACCAACUGACACCGUUCCGGCAGACCCCACAACCCCGAGAUAACACAGACAGAUGACACCCACGUUGGAGAAGCACCUGGAGGCAAACCCGCACCCCAAGAAUCAGGUACUCUGACAUAGGGUAGUUAACAUAUUGGCACGAGUCUAACAGACGGGACACUCUACCUACCCCCCUGGCAUGGGAGGGCACCACGCCUCACCACGAGACUGACCGGACUAGGGGAUAUCUCACAUGCAAAUGGGUCUUCCACAACACGGGAGGGUUCUAAACAAAAAAAAUUAAAAAAAAAUUAAAAAAAAUAAAAUAAAUAAAUAAAAUAAAUUUAAAAAAAAUAAAAAAAAAGGGGGGGGAUGAAAAGGGAGGGGCGGGAAGAAAACGACAGCGGGGGAAGGAAUCCUAUUGGGGAGGGGGAUCACAGGGGGGAGGGUCGGGGACAUAGAGAUCGGGCCUUAGAGACCUCCAGCAGCAUUGACUUUCGUGAAGACGAAGAACUGAUUCCACACUAAAUGUAUAGCUGAUUGUGAGACCAGAGACUGUUCUUUAUUGUACGAUUAUUGUGAAUAACCUAUCUUGAAUGGCUAGACUAUGCAACAUCACUCUGUGUCACUGACCGGGCCCCCCCCCCACGUCAAAGGGACCGACAUACAUAGAUAACACGCUUCCAAAGAGGUCCAUACACUCACAAUUCCCCCACACAGACGACACACUGAUGUCGAGAAGAUACUAAGCAAACGACCAUCCCACCACCCCCUAGAGGAACAAAAGGUACGGGGGACGGGGCAAGAGGACAUAAAGGAGGGAGGGGGGAAAGAAGGGGGAGAAAAAAAAAAAAAAUAUAUAUACCCACAUGACCCAGAUGAAACAACCCAGACACAAUGAGUAGAAGACCCACAAUGCACACACCCUGAAGAGAUAUCCUCAAGCCCCCACUUUGACUACACGCAAAUUACCCUUACGGUACUUCCCCCCACCCGAUACCAGCGACACCGAAAAGACGCAACAAACAGGCAUAGUGCUGAUAACACAAUGGACACACAUCAAUGGCAUUAGUGAUGACUAUACAACACCUCUACUACAGUGGACGGACGCUACAACCCCAAAACGGAUAUACACUCCUACACAAAUAACAGAUUCUUCCGACGAUACACAACCCUUCUCAAGUAUCAACUCCACAACCAACACCGCACAUACCACACAGGCACCACAGCCUAAACAGUUAAGGGCCCAGACACGCUACCCACCCCUUUCGGUGUGCACGCUUAAUACUACGGAGGCCGACUGGUACACCACCGGGAUAAAACCCGGGGUGCCCCCCCGACCGACACCGUAGGCACACGAACUCCCUCUCCGCGGAGAGGAUCACCUCCUCACACUAUCACGACACGCGCACCACAUCUAUACUACUCUCCAACAUCCAAUUAAGAAACACACACCCCCAUCACACGAACCAGACACGGUGCCUGACAUCACCGAAAGGCACUGAGCCUGAGCAGACGACUCCCCUAGACCACACAAGAGCAAAUACCAACACACCACGUACACCAGACACCCUACACGUGACCGCAGUCCAGCAACUCACCCGAACGCCCCCCCCCCGGCGCUCCUGACCCGGCCGUCGCGUCCGCCUCGAGCUAACCGCCAGACGACGCAGGGGCACCGAACCACACCAAAACCCAGGAACCAAGCCACGGGCUCGGGCUUCCUCGGUCGACUCCCACGUACACAAGAGAGCGAGACUCGGACGAGGGACCCCGAUACCCGACAAGACACCACCGCUGCGCGGAGAUACGGGCAGGAUGGCAUACAGACCAGACCCGAUGAAAAUCAUCACACAAAAUUGCAGGGGACUGAAUCUCCCAGAACGCAGAACUAAUCUCUUGAGGGACCUUCAGAGAGAGAGGGUUGCAGUCGCUCUUCUCCAGGAAACUCACUUUCGGGAGGGAGCGGCCCCGGCACUCAAAAACAAACAAUACCCCACUAAUUACUUCAGCAACCACCCCACAGUGAAAAAGGCAGGGGUCGCGAUCCUUAUAGCAGCUCGUCUACAAUUCCAGGAACAGGAUCACCUUAUAGACCACAACGGCAGAUACGCCUUCGUAAAGGGGAAUAUCGCAGGGCGAUGCUACACGUUCGCGACAAUCUACGUCCCCAAUAAUAAUCAAUCUAGAUUCCUUAAGAACACACUAAAGGCACUAACAGACUUCACGGAAGGAACCCUGGUCACGGGAGGAGACUUCAAUGUCACACUAGAUCCUAAAGUAGACUCCUCAACGGGACACAGCAGCAUUCCACAGAGAGAAAUAAGAAACAUAAACCAUACUCUGAAAACACUGCGCCUGGUAGACUGUUGGCGAACGCUAAACCCAUUAGACAGAGAAUACACUCACUAUUCCAUAAUACACAAAAGAUACUCCAGGAUAGACUUCCUAUUAUUGCAACAAGAAGCACUAAUAAGACUUAGGAGAGCAUCCAUACACACUGCAACGUGGUCGGAUCACGGACAAGUGUCGAUAGACCUCGAAUCUCCACUCAUAAGACCGACGAAAACGUCGUGGAGACUCAACGACUCCCUCUUAACCGACCUCCCACUAAGGGCCCAAGUCACCGACACUCUACAGACAUAUUUUACCGAGAAUGAGACGGGAGACGUAUCAGAUAUGACAAUAUGGGAGGCACACAAAAGUGUACUCCGGGGCAAGCUCAUCCAAAUCGCGUCACAACGGAAAAAAGAGGCGGGCACGCUUAUGUCAACCAUCCUGGACCGGAUCCGCUCCCUGGAAACACAACACAAACGCCAACAGGUGGAAGAUACCUACAGGGAACUAUUAGAGGAAAGAAGGAGACUACACGCACUACUACUCAAGAGACACCUGAGACAACUCCGCAGAUCUAAAGGUUUCUUCUACCUCCACGCAAACAAAGGAGGCAAACUCCUCGCACACAUGCUCAGGGGACAACAACACCCCUCACAAGUACACAAAUUAAAAACAAGCAACGGCACUACUACCCAAAACCCGGAGAAAAUCGCCAAGGAAUUCUUCACUUACUACUCCUCACUUUACAGUACACACUCACAAAGCGACGAAGAAGGCAAGCGAAUCAAACAAGGUCACAUGGAAUGCUUCCUGAGAGAACAUCUACACAUGA